AUGACAAUGAAGAAGUCUGAUGAAUGUAACAAUACGUCAGGGCAAAAGCGACCGUACAGGCCGGUAGUCAUUGUACAUGGACUGAUGACUGGUGAUGUCAGCACAAUGCAGCAUCUGGCUGCUCGUAUAGCUGAAUUACAUCCAGGCACCAAAACAUAUGUCAUAGACAGGUUCUGUGGUUUGGCUAGUUUGGAACCACUGUGGCGACAGACAAGAAAGUUAGCUGAUGACCUAUUAAAAAUAUGUUCGUUGCAUCCAGAGGGUGUGCAUGUCAUAGGAUACUCACAAGGCGGACUCAUAGCAAGAGGCAUGAUAGAAGAGUAUGGUACUGAGCACAAUGUCAGGACAUUUGUAUCACUUAGCUCGCCGCAAGGAGGCCAGUAUGGUGCCGAGUGUUUCACAAAAAUGUUUCCUGCACUGACAGCGCGCACGGCAUAUGAGUUGUUCUACACACGCUUGGGUCAACGGGCACUGUCUGUGGCCAACUUUUGGUAUGAUCCCAGACAUAGGGACCUAUACCUUAAAUACAGUGUGUAUCUUGCGGUCAUUGAUAAUGUUAAACAACAAGAAUCGAGUGGUCUUCAUUUACAACAGACUGAAAAUGGUAAUAGUUUAAAAACGAUGAUGGGCAAUAUGUCUACUGCAGUAACUAGUAGCACUACAACUGCAGCAGAGACUAAUGAUGACACUCAACAAAUUAUUGAAGCACGUGUUGCUGUAGCAAUAGCAGCAGUUUCCGCUGCCACUGUCAAAAUUUCUGAAAGCCAUAACGACAAAAACAGUGAUGCUCACAGUGUAAUAACAGAUGUAGAUAAACUUAUGGCUAUAGUCUCAGCCCACGAUAACAACUAUGAAGAAAAUGAUAAUGAUAAUAUUAACCCCAACGUCAAGAAACUUGGCCUGACUCGACUGCAGCGGCUGGUAUUGAUUGGUGGGCCUGACGAUGGGGUUAUUUCACCUUGGCAAUCCAGUCAAUUUGCCAUACUGGAUAGUUCUGGUGGACUGAUACCAAUGCGGGAGCGACGACAAGAUGACGUGUACAGCGAUAACGACCCAAUUGGAUUACAUCAGCUAGACAUGACGGAUCGAUUGGUGGAGUACACUGUGCCGGGAGUCAGUCAUCACGAGUGGCACCAUAAUGAAAAGGUACUACGUGAGUGCAUAAUUGGAUGGUUAGACUAG